AGUUGCAGUUAGUCAGUGGAGCGACGUAAAACGCGUCGCGCGUCGAUCGCGACAUAAAAAAGACCCAAAUAGAAAAAAAACGAUUUGGCCGAUUUAAAAAGUUUGAACCGUGCGGCGGGAACGUUUGACACAAGUCAAAAUUCUUCGUGAUUUCUUUUUGAUGUGUUAUAAAUUGUGCUGUGUUUUAAUGUUUUAAAAUACGUGACACUAUUACAUAAAUAUUUUCGAAAUAAUUGCGGUCAUUUACAAGAGGUUUGCGCGAACGCACGUCGAACUUCGAAGUUUAAACGAGGCUCGAGUAGUCGAGUAGUUUGCGAUCGACCGCCAGCGUGAGAGGAAGUCGCUAGCGGAGUGGAAAACAAAUGACAGUAAAACACUCAAUGGGGAGGAACUAGUGUUGUGUUGUGUGUGUUAUUUUUUGUGUUUGUACGAUUGUGUUUUGGCAGUUAACAAGGAUGCAGGGCCGUGACAAGUUAUGCGCGAAGCUCACGAGCGCAUUCCUUAGGAAGUGGUGGUUUGUCCUGGCCUCUGCGGUGGUCCUACUUCUCCUGGGCAUCACAUGCGCUAUAUUCGUCAGCUCGUGGAUUCGCAUGUUUAUAGAUCAUGAGUUGGUACUCCGCCCAGGCUCGAUGACCUUCGAGUGGUGGGCGCGGCCGCCCGUGCGCCCCUUCGUUCACGUGUAUGUGUACAACGUGACCAACGCGGACGAGUUUCUCAACAACGGCUCCAAGCCCGUCCUGGACGAGCUGGGACCUUAUGUGUACUCAGAAGAAUGGGAGAAGGUGAACAUCACGGACAACGAGAAUGGCACGCUGUCGUUCCACUACAAGAGGACGUACACCUUCGUGCCGGAGCUCAGCGCCGGGCCCGACGACGACUCCGUGGUGGUGCCCAACAUACCCAUGUUGAGUGCAACAUCACAAUCGAAACACGCUGCACGCUUCCUUCGCCUCGCCAUGGCUUCCAUCAUGGACAUCCUCAAGAUCAAACCGUUCGUCGAAGUGUCUGUGGGACAAUUGCUCUGGGGAUACGAAGACCCGCUGCUGAAGCUCGCUAAAGACGUGGUGUCGAAAGAACAGAAGCUUCCUUAUGAGGAGUUUGGACUCUUCUAUGGAAAAAACGGCACCUCACCGGACGUAGUGACGAUGUUCAGCGGCGCGUCCGACAUCACCAAGUACGGCAUCUUCCAGCGCUACAACCACCGCGAGCGCCUGCCGCACUGGAGCACCGACGAGUGCAACAGCAUCGCCGGCUCGGACGGCUCCAUCUUCCCUCCGCACAUCACCAGGAACGACACCAUCGCUGUCUACGACAAGGACCUGUGCAGACUGCUGCCGCUCCGAUACCUCAAGGACGUGGAAUCUAAGGCUGGCGUCCAAGGCUACAGGUUCACCCCGCCCGAAGACGUGUUCGCUAAUGACGAGCACAACAAGUGCUUCUGCCCCUCCGGCCCUCCGUGCGCGCCCAACGGACUGUUCAACGUGUCCCUGUGCCAAUAUGAUUCGCCGAUAAUGCUAUCGUUCCCACACUUCUACUUAGCUGACGAGAAAUUACGGGAAGCUGUGGAAGGCGUUUCACCUCCCGUGCCUGACAAACAUCGACUCUACAUUGACAUUCAGCCGGAGAUGGGUACAGCGAUGCAAGCUCGAGCGCGCAUUCAGAUCAACCUCGCCGUGUCGCAAGUCGUCGACAUCAAGCAAGUCGCCAACUUCCCCGACAUUGUCUUCCCCAUACUGUGGUUCGAAGAGGGCAUAGACGAGCUCCCGGAGUCCGUAUCAUCAAUGCUGCGGCUGGCUACCAAGGUGCCGCCGAUCGCGCGCGCGAUACUCGGCUGGGGCCUGUGUGCGCUCGGCGUCCUGCUCAUACUACUCGCAGUCACUUGCCUUAUACGGUCAUCGCAUCGUCAAAGCACUUUGAGGCUGGAAGGACACGCGGUCGCAAAGCCGCCGCCACCCAAAGUGCCCGGCAAAGAAAAUGGCUACGAACUAAACAAUAGAAGAUAACCUGUAAAUUGCGCUUUUAAUAUAAAUAUUAUCGUAUUUGUAUUGUAACUGUUUUUUGGCUCGGUUAUAUAUACGUCAAGGGCAUAAGUAAAUUACGUCAUUUCAAAUUACCCCUGACCAUGUCACAUUUUGUGUGACCUCUAUGCUAGGCAUAGAGAAAAAUAACAACAACAUUUUAAAGUCCGGCCGCUCAGAACUUCCGUUUCUGAUAGGUCGUGCGAAUGGGACAAACAUAUUCAAUUACAAUUGCCUUGUUUUUUGUUGUCUCUCUCUCUCUCUCUCUUUCUCAUAUUACAUCUCCCACCUGUCAGAGACGCAAUUUCUGAGCGGCUCAAAUUUAUCUGCAUACUCUUGCGUUGGGACGAAAGCGAGCGAUAUCUAUACUCUUUCGUUGCGAUGGGACGGCAGCGAUAUACUUUAUGCUUACUCGUUCGUUAAUCGUUGUAAUGAAACGAAAGAGAACAAAGAAGACAAUUUCUUUCUUUGCGAAAAAUUAUCUCGUAAUCUUACAUGUAAACAGUAGAGAGAACCAUUUCAAAAUUGUUAACUAAAAUCAUUAAACCCUUAAUAACCCUUAAUUAUAAUAAUUGAUAGUUGUGCAAUAGUAUUUUAAAAACGUAAUGACGUGAGUGAUUCCCCCUCCUAUCUAUUCCCAAUUUUCUACAAUCUGAAAUAUUAUAUAUAUCAAUUUAGUGGAAUAUCGGUAUGUACAUUGACCCUAAUGAAUAACUACUGAGUGAUAUAAUAAAUGGAUAUUUGAGCUAAAAAUCAGUUACAUUUGUAGAUUAAAAAUACAAUAGCCUUAAAAUAUUAUUAAUUCAAAUUAAACCCCCUAUAUUAGAAUUUCGAAUUAUUAUUGUUAAGUUUUAAAUUGUGACAUGAAAUCUUAUAUAUUAUAUUUUAUUAACUUUGACUAUAAAAAAAAAUAUUAUUUGACAAUUUUAUUUACGGUAAAAAUGGUAUUUUAGUUAACUUUUUAGCAUUUUUACUCAUUUAGGUACCACCUUUUAACGAUAUAGGGUACUAUUAGUUUUUUUAUUUAGGUUUUUUUUCAACGAGUGUGAUAAUUUCAAAUUUAAGAUUCGAACAAAUUUAGUUUUAAUGGCAUUCGGGAAUUUGGUUUGAAUGACUGUUUUUGAACUGUAAAUAUUUUUAAAUCUUUGGUCGGACUUCGGGUUGCCACUAAAUAAAAUCUUUUCGGUUUUAGGGCAAAUGUAAAAAAAAAAUAGACAAAAAUAAAUUUUGCGACUAGUUCGAUGAAUUACAUAGAACAUCAAAUAUAUAAUGAACUUGAUGUUCAUUAUAUAAUCGCAAAGUUUAUUGUAGAUAUAUGCUGCUAAAUUAAAAUGAGAUAGAUAAAACAACAUUACAUUUGUUAUUAUUUUCUGUAGUUUUUUAUUUACAAUAAUGUUAUUUUUAUAUUUAUGUUUUCAUCAUAUUUUUGUAAAUAUCUUGUUUCUGUUUUUUCUGCAAAUUAAUACGUAAUUGAAAUUUUAUAUAUAUUUAAACAAAAUCUUAUUUUAAUUUAGCACUGAAUAUCUAAAACGUAUAUUAUUAUAUUUACUGAUAGACUAGUCUGUAUCCGUCCGUUUUAGGUCUAGGUGUACUUUUUUACCAUAUUAUUAUACUUUUUUCUUAGACUUAAAUCUAUCAAGGUAUGGUAUUAGUUUAAUUUUAGACAUAUUUAAUGCGAAUUGAAAAGAAAAUGAUUUUCGUUAUCUGUUUUUUACAUCACAUACGACUUUAUUCUCUGUAUACGUUUAGGAUUAUCGCCUGCCAUUUCUUAAUUUAAUUAUCGAAAAGAAAACCUGAUUUAUUUCUUUUUUAAAUAUUAAAUGAAUGGAUAUUUUUUUAAUAAUGUAACGUAUGUAGGUUGUGCUAUCCACACCCACAGAUAUGUACCAUAUAUUAUUUCUUAUAUUACGUUGAUUAUUGCGUUGAUAACUUUUUGAUAUGACUAUAGGUAAUGGUAAUGACCUGUAAAGAGAUUUAUCAUAAGAAUUGAACACAUAUUAUGACAUACAUCAUUAUCUAAGCCUUAUUGUUUAUAGUUUAUUGUAUGGAAAUUAUAUUUUAUGUAACAAAUAGUAUCGAGGCAAAAAUAAAAUACCAUCGCCGCGAUUACAUAAUAUCCAUGUAAAAUUAACUAUUUUUAUACAUCUUAUUAUUUCUUUUAAAGGACAAUGCUUGUGGCAACACUAACAUUCCAUUAAUCUUCUCUAAAAAAUAAAGGUAUUUUCAAGAAUAUUUUUACAACAUCAUUAUUGUUAUUUAAUUAUAUAUUUUCACCAACGCAUAUUGUAUGAAGGUAAUUAAUGUUGCCACAUCAUCAUCCAUUAAUUUGCUCAAAUUCGGAAAUUAUUUUUAACGCACAUUUAUUAGAAUGUUUAAUUGUAUAGAGUGCGUUAUGUAAAUAUAAAUGAAUAAAGGUGUAAGUUAUAUAAUA